GUACAUCCUCAAGCGCCUUUUAAAGAACUAUAUCAGUAAUCAAAUGCAAUGUAAUUUCUGUAAAAAUAUGGGCAUUCUUACAAAGAUGAUUUAUUCAUUGUUGUCUUUCUUUCUAAGAUCAUCAAAAUAGAAACUUAAAAUGUGCUUCCUGGAAAGAAUUCUGUAAUUUCAUGAAGUGGUCCAUUCCUGGCUUUUUUUACUUCCUGGACAACUUGAUUGUCUUCUAUGUCCUAUCCUAUCUUCAGCCUGCCAUGGCUGUUAUCUUCUCAAAUUUUAGCAUUAUAACAACAGCUCUUCUAUUCAGGAUAGUGUUGAAGCGGCACCUAAACUGGAUUCAAUGGGCUAGCCUCCUGAUUCUGUUUUUGUCUAUUGUGGCUUUGACUGCUGGGACUAAAAGUUCACACCAUAACUUGGCAGGACAUGGAUUUCAUCAUGAUGCCUUCUUCAGCCCUUCCAAUUCCUGCCUUCUGUUUAGAAAUGACUGUUCCAUAAAAGACAAUUGCACAGCAAAGGAGUGGACUUUUCCUGAAGCUAAGUGGAACGCCACAGCCGAGGUUUUCAGUCACAUCCGUCUUGGCGUGGGCCAUGUUCUUAUUAUAGUCCAAUGUUUUAUUUCUUCAAUGGCCAAUAUCUAUAAUGAAAAGAUAUUGAAGGAAGGGAACCAGCUCACUGAAAGCAUCUUCAUACAGAACAGCAAACUCUAUUUCUUUGGUGUUCUUUUUAAUGGGCUGACCCUGGGCCUUCAAAAGAGUAACCGUGAUCAGAUUAAGGAUUGUGGAUUUUUUUAUGGCCAUAAUGUAUUUUCAGUAGCCCUUAUUUUUGUAAUGGCAUUCCAGGGCCUUUCAGUGGCUUUCAUUCUGAAGUUCCUGGAUAACAUGUUCCAUGUCUUGAUGGCCCAGAUCACCACUGUCAUCAUCACAGCAGUGUCAGUCCUGGUCUUUGACUUCAGGCCCUCCCUAGAAUUUUUCUUGGAAUCUCCAUCAGUCCUUCUCUCUAUAUUUAUUUAUAAUGCCAGCAACCCUCAAGGUCUGGAUUAUGCGCCUAGGCAAGAAAGGAUCCGAGAUCUAAGCGGCAGCCUUUGGGAACGUUCCAGUGGGGAUGGAGAAGAACUGGAAAGACUUACCAAAUCCAAGAGUGAUGAGUCAGAUGAAGAUACUUUCUAAUUGGUACCCAUAUAGUUGGCAACUCUCACAAACUUUUAUUUCACAUUUUCAGCAUUUGGAAUAUUUAUCUUUCUUUUCAUUUUGAUAAACCAAGAAUGUUUUCAAA